GAAAGACACUGGACACUCACCCACUCAUUCGAAGCCAGAUAUCGGAGAGCUCACAACCACCUCCUCUCCCUAUCUCGGACAAAGCAUAACUGGACAUCACUUCGCCCAGGAGAAGCGGUGCAUUCUUCGAAGAGGCCACGCGUAAAGCAGUUUUUUCUCAAUUACAAAUCCCAGGUCAGUGAGGUGUGUGCAAUCGUUCCCAGCAGACGGCAGAAGGAUGAACAGCUUCGAUCUGGUUGAGCUGCUGGACACGUGGGAGGACCUGAACCUCACUGGCCUCUUGGAGAAUGGGACGCGCGUGGAGUUGGUCGGAUGUCCAACAGCGUUCGACCGCAGCGCCCUGCUCUACUCCAUGUGCAUCCUCUACGUCUUCAUCUUCCUGGUCGGUUUGGCCGCCAACGGCCUCGUCCUCUGGGUUAAUGUCCGCGCCCAGCGGACCACUUCCGGUUCCUCCCCUCGCCAUGAGACCCACCUCUACAUCGCCCAAUUGGCGGUGGCUGACCUGUGCGUUUGCGUCACGCUGCCCGUGUGGGUGAGCUCCCUGGCGCAGCAUGGCCACUGGCCCUUCGGUGAGGUCGCGUGUAAGCUCACCCACCUGCUCUUCUCCGUUAACCUCUUCAGCUCCAUCUUCUUCCUGGCCUGUAUGAGCGUCGACCGCUACCUGAGUGUGACACGGCCCGCCGACAGUGAGGAUGGGGGCCGGCGCCGGAAGCUAAUUCGCCGCAGCGUGUGCGUAGGGGUGUGGCUCCUGGCUCUGGUGGCCUCCCUGCCAGAUACCUACUUCCUGCAGGCGGUGAGGUCAUCACACGGGGAGGUAGUGCUGUGCAGGCCGGUGUACCCAGAGGAACACUCCAGGGAGUGGAUGGUGGGGGUUCAGCUGAGCUUCAUCCUGCUUGGUUUCGCCCUCCCCUUCCCUAUCAUCACUCUGGCCUACGCCCUCCUGGCCAAAGCCCUCUCCUCCUCCUCCUGUUCCUCCUCGGCGGUGGAGCAGGAGCGUCGUGUGAGCCGCAGGGUGAUCCUGGCCUAUACCGUAGUGUUCCUGGGCUGCUGGGGGCCCUACCACGGAGUGCUCCUGGCCGAUGCCCUCUCCCUGAUGGGCCUGGUUCCUCUGAGCUGUGGGCUGGAGAACGCCCUUUACGUGGCCCUGCACCUCACCCAGUGUCUGUCCUUGCUCCACUGCUGCUUCAACCCCAUCCUCUACAACUUCAUCAACAGGAACUACCGCUAUGACCUGAUGAAGGCCUUCAUCUUUAAGUACUCAACACGUACAGGCCUGGCCAGGCUCAUAGAGCAGCCCCACGUCUCUGAGACAGAGUACUCUGCCGUCGCCGUGGAGAACCCACCACAGAUCUGAGACUGAACUCUAGAGCACACCCUGGAACUUCAGAACACACCACAGAACUCUAGAACAUAGUCUGUCCACCUGACCCAAAAUGACUGAAAUGACCUAAAAUGCAGUAACCCAUGAUAACCUAUAUAGGCUAGAUUCGGGCCCUCACAUCAGAACAAAACUAAAUAUGUGUCUUAACAACUAGAGCAUAACAAAUAACCUUGCCCAAAGCCUAGGCUGUACACAUACUUCACCACUGCCACAAGUCUGUGUGCCCUCAUCUGAAGCAAACAAACAUUAUUUAUAAUCCAACAGACCCCUCACAUAAGCUACCUGGGUAUUUCUCCUGCUACCAUGCAUUCGUAAUAAGGAUGUGAGGGACUGCAGUUACAGGCCAUUGUCAACUCAGACUAACGAUGUCUGGAGAAAAGCACUUAUAUCGAGUGGAAGAGUAGAUUCUCUGUCUGACAAACAGACUGUUUCUGAAGUAGUGCCAUUGUAGUCAUGGCGACACUCUCUCUCUCUCUCUCUCUCUCUCUCUCUCUCUCUCUCUCUCUCUCUCUCUCUCUCUCUCUCUCUCUCUCUCUCUCUCUCUCUCUCUCUCUCUCUCUCUCUCUCUCUCUCUCUACCUACUUCAAGCCAUACCAAUCCCAGUUUGUCUGUCUGAAGAGUCCUAUAUAGCAGGGGCCGCUAGCCAAGCAUUGCCUGUAUUUUAGUUACAGCAGUAAUUGUAUACUAAAGAGUUGACCCAAUGGCUACAUUGUUUUUUAAACUGCUAGAGGUGUGUGUGUGUGCUUGUGUGUGACACCUCAAAAUCCACUUUGUAAAUAGUUAGAAGGGCAUUGAAAUACAUAUAUGAUCAUUGUUAGAUUGUUAUUAUUCAACUUUCUAUAUACUGUAUUUUUGUACAUAUUAUAAAAUACUUUCAAAUUUUGCAUUGUUUAUGUACAGAUGUAGGACCUUAAUUUGAUCACUCUUUUGUUCUUGAGGAUUUUCCUGCACCACAUUUAUUCCUGAUUUACAUAGAUUUACAGAAAACCAGCACUAACACAUGGUUAAAUGUGACCCACCGCCUCGAUUCGGUCUUAUGUAGCACAUUUGAAAUUGUGUUUUUUACAUUGAAUAAAAGUAGAGACUCAGAGCUACAAAAUGGUGUAUCAUACACUGCAGCUGAGAAACAAUGGGGAAAUAAUUCUGCUUUGAAAGUUGAUAAACUUGUAAUCCCACUUUUGAGAAAAUGGCCCUUGAAUGUUUUGGUACAUCUA